AUGGACAAUGACGACGGAUUCCUUCAAUCGCGAAACGCGGCACGGGCGGCAAUAGGGCAAAUCUGCUCAACAGCAGACAUAGCCCACAACCUAUCCCAGUGUCAGACGCUCGUCCAGAAAGCCGCUGAAGCCGGUGCCCAGGCGCUCUUCCUCCCCGAAGCCUCCGACUAUAUCGCCACCUCCGCCGGCCAAAGCCUCUCCCUCGUCCAAGCCGCCACCACCAGCCCCUUCGUGCAGGGCCUCCAAUCCUCCGCACGUGAGCACGCCCUCCCCAUCCACGUCGGGAUCCACGAGCCCGCGACCAGGGGCGCCAAAGUGGCCAACACGCUCCUCUGGAUCUCCUCGACCGGCGAUGUCGCGCAGCGCUAUCAAAAACUGCACCUCUUCGACGUCUCCAUCGCGAACGGGCCCGUGCUCCAAGAAAGCGCGAGCGUCGAGCCAGGAUCCUCUCUGCUCCCGCCCUUCGAGACGCCAGUGGGGAAUGUGGGCGCGCUCAUCUGCUUCGAUCUGCGCUUCCCGGAGCCGUCGCUAGCGCUGCGGCGGCAGGGCGCGCAGAUCUUGACGUACCCCUCCGCAUUUACGGUACCGACUGGCCGCGCGCACUGGGAGCCUCUGCUGCGGGCCCGCGCGAUCGAGACGCAGAGCUACGUUGUGGCCGCUGCACAGUGCGGAAGGCACAAUGAGCAGAGGGUGUCGUACGGGCAUAGUAUGAUCAUUGACCCGUGGGGGCGAAUUUUGGCGGAGCUAGGGGGCGUGGAUGAGGAUGGGAUGGUUGAGGGGAAGGGGGCCGGCGGUGUCGAGGGGGCUUCUGAGCCGUUGAUUGCGGUGGCGGAGAUUGAUCUGGGGUAUUUGGAGAAGGUGAGGAGAGAGAUGCCGUUGUUGAGGCGGACAGAUGUGUAUCCUGAAGUGUGA